AUGAAGGCAUUGCCUACUACUCAUAACGUACUCGCUUUCUUGCACACGAUCUAUGGGUUGUGUCAGCAGAUGCGAGAUCGUCCUCGAGUGUGUUUCCAAGCACACGCUCGACUUUAUCAAACGUUUGUCACGAUCAGCAAUACCGUGAAAGAACAAGAAUCUUCUUCUAUACCUGUGACUCGACAUCUUCAGCACUUUAUGAUCGUGUUACAUCAGUUGAAAGCGAUCCUCGAUCAACACUUGAAACGUCGUAAUCUCGUGGCAAAAGUGACCGCCAGUCGUCGUCUGUUAUCAGCUUUAGCACGAAUUCAUUCCAAUGUAAAUGGACUUUUACGUGAGACGUCAGUGACAAGUGCGACCAGUGCAUUGCUCGAGUGGAAACAACAAUUUGCAGUCAAUCGAUUUCAAGAUGAAAAAGCUCUUCAUGAGACGCUAAUGGCGUUACUUUCGACUCCGACGUUUGUGAAUAAGGAAUUGCCAAGUGAACGAUGUCAAGCGUUGGUGUUGCUGGAAUUGGUGGCCGAAUUUGCAUCAAAUGAGUCGCUACGAGGACACUCGUCUCAGCUUUUAGAGACACUCAAGAUGACGCAUCGACGGAUUUCUAAUUUGUGUGAUCUGCAUCUUCGACGAGUGCCAAGGUGGUUCUUGCCAGGAUGUGAAGUGGAUUAUUCACCUUCUGAUCAUACCAUUGGGUGCUCAAGAGGAUCCUUUGGAUCGACACUGCAACGUGGUGAAGCCUAUCGAUACAGCUACAAGAGUCAAGGAGCUCUUUCUAGUACUACCUCUACAGUAGCUGUCAAGUGUCUGUGGGCAUUGCCCGAUGUCCAAUAUCACUUUGUCGAACAGCUCUUUGCACGAAGUGGAGUGUAUAAUUGGACGCGUGUUCGACAUCCGAAUGUCGUGACUGUACGAGGAGCUUCACAUGUUGCUAGUCCACCUUAUCUCGUGAGAGACUUUACAACUUAUGGUGGACUUACGUCUUACCUUGCAGCGCUGGAGACACGAGCUAAGGAAUGUGCAGGACCGGAAUGUAUUGGGAGAGUAGAGACACUGACAUGGCAAUUACUUUAUGGAGCAAGUCGUGGUCUGCUACAUCUCCAUGAACAACAGAGCAUCGUUCACGGCGGAUUACGCUGCAACAAUAUUCUAGUUGAUAAAAAAGGUCGAGCGGUGAUCGCUGACUUUGGACUGUACACGCUGGCAUGUAACGCUCGGGAUUCGGGAUUGACGGAAUACUUUCACUUGGACGUUUUUGACGCAGACGCUGAGGAACUGAUUCGAUGGCAAGCCCCUGAGUGCCUACGAGAGCACGUGGUAUACCGCGAGUCACUUCGGACUCUGUCUGAUUCCGAAUCGGAACUGGUCUCAAGCGGUGCCAGUGCAUCCGCCACUUCAUUUUCUACCGACGUGUACGCUUUUGGAAUGUGCAUUCUCGAGGCUUUGACUCGCACAGUGCCCUGGGCAGGGCUUGAUAUUGCGAAGAUUCGCACACUGAAAGAGAAUUUGAGCUUGCUACCACCUCGACCAAGGUGCAUUUCAUCUCAGGGAUGGACACUGAUUGAGAAGAUGUGUGCAGCCGAUCCGAAAAAGCGUCUUACUCUAAGGGAGGCAUCACAGGAGCUGAAGCGACUUGGAUACUGGAAUCGGGAAUCAAAUCAUUCACGAAACGCCAGCUGUAAAGACUCAGACACAUCGAGAGCUGACGCCACAGCAAAAGGGGAGUGCGUCUCAAGCGCACUGGGUGAAGUAUCACCAAAACAUAUUGAUGAAAGCCGAUCGCGCGAUAGUAGCGUGGCGGACUUAAAGGCGGUGGACGUUGCCAAAGCUGGUCAUGUCUCCACAUCACUGGACGAAGUUUUACGAGAACAUAGGAAUAUAUCGGAUCGGUGUCAAGACAAGAGUGCUUUAGAUCUAAACGAGCUUGAAGAGCAGGCGACACAGAAACUGACUGGUGUGUCAAGCGUUUGUGUGAAUAAUGCGUCCCAAGAGCUGAAGCGACUGGGAGUGGGUGAAAAGGUGACAAGUGAAUCACGAGACAGCAGCGCUCUAAACCUAGUGACAGUGACCAAAGAUGCAUUUGCUCGGUUGACCCCACUAUCCAGUGAUGGCUCUGGCACUUUAACUGCUGAACCAAGCCAAGAAACACUAUCAUCGGAACCCGAUAAGGGGCAAAACGAGUUAUUUAUGUCAUCUAAGGCUACAUCUGGCUACCUACCGCCCAUCAUAGUCGACACAGUGGAUCAGCUGAUCGCUAGUACGGCGGACAAGCAGAUCUGUAAGCAUUCUGCUCAUUUUUCGGCCCUAAGCGAUGCAUCAACGGUGGAGCUGACCGGUCGUCCGAUCAAGAAUUAUGUCUCGCCGCGCAAACGUUUGCAUUUUAAUCGACCCAAAGCAAGCAGUGGGGUUGCUGUGGGUAGCUCAUUGGAAAAAGAACCUAGCAAAAUCGUGCACUUUUACGGACAAGAAGGAAAGGCAAAAGUACCUCAUUGUCGAGAAGUAGUGCGUUCGUUGCACGGCGCACUUCUUCAAGCAGCCGAUGACAGUGAUACGACAAAUGACAAACAGGAUCGAAGUGACUGCAGACCGAUUAUCAUGGAUAAUAAUGCUGAGAUAACUUCUGUUACUGAUGUCAUUAGAAACUGGAUCACGUCCGAGCAACCCGAGCAAGAACUGGAUAGUGAUACCGGGAGCGUCAAAAGCCUUGUUUCCGAUGAGGAAUAUCCAAUGCUGUCGAGCAGUGCCGAAGAGGAUGUACACUUGGAAGAACUGGCCACUGGCGAUAGUUUAGAGGAUGAAGAAGCGCUAAUGAUUGUUCCUGCCGAGUUUCAGACAGCUCGCAGCUUUGACGAGGAUGAUUCUGCGUCACCACUUCACCCAAUGAUUGGUCUUCUUGACAUCCUUCGGACAGAGCAUCCUGAGGAAGCUCUUCUUGUUGAAACAUUAGAAGCUAUGAAGGAAGGUCUUGAGCUGUCGACUGCUUGGAUGAUUGUGGAGCGCGAGGGAUUCCUUACAUUUAUGAAGCUCGUUUGGAUAGACUACUCUGAAGCUUGCACGAUUCAUGCAUUGGAGAUAUUGCAGUCUAUUGCUGACCUAAGCUCUGAUUUCGUGACAGCUCUAGUAGAGUCCAAACUCGUGAAGAUCCUGCUUGCUGUUGUUAAACACAGAUCAUCUCCUUUGCAAGUCGAUUUGGCAGCAUCGUUUCUGCUUGAAAUCAUCGCUGAAAAUGACGAGGCAAAGAUACAGCUAUGGAACUGCCGCGGUGUCGGUGUGAUGGAAGAUAGCGUCGUCAUCAACCGGCGACUUGUCCAGGAAGUAAAGUCCACGAUGGCAAAGUUCAAGCGAAAUGAAGGAUUAGAGUGUCUUGAGAAUGGUGAAUGUCAUUUAGCAAUCGACAAAUUCACUGAAGCGAUUGCUUUGGAUCGCAAGCGAGCAGGGUACUACGGCGACCGGAGUUUGGCGUAUAUGGAAGCAUCGAUGUACAAAAAAGCAGCGGACGACGCCUACCGCUGCAUGCGGUACAACCCGUACGAUGUGACGGGAUAUUUACGUCAUGGGUUGGCACUCAAGGCGUUAGGGAAGUACAAAGAGGCGAUACAAUCGUUGCGUAAAGGUACAGAGGUUGACCCCAAGUUCGUGAAAAUUCGCGAUACACUCAUUGCGACCGACAAGCUUUACAAGGCACGACUGAAAGGAGGGUCUAGUGCCACCAUGUUGCGCCACAUGACGGCUACUGAAUCUGCAAAACUCAAGAAGAAGGAUGGUGACGAUGCACUUCGAAAGAAGGAUUACGCCCUUGCAGUCGAGUGCUACUCGGAAGCUCUCGAGCUUGACCCGAAGAACGACUGGGUGUAUUUGCAUCGAAGUAUUGCGCACACCGCUCGUAGGAACUACACCAACGCGAUCGAAGAUGCAUCCAAGUGCAUCCGGAUCAACUAUCGACAAGUUGAAGGUUACUACCGGCUCGCAUUGGCGUUGUAUGCAGCUAAUCAGCAUGACCAGGCGCUAAAUACACUCUAUCGUGGCCAGGAAGUGGAUCCGCGGCACGCGGGUAUCACUCGCUUUAUCAACCAACUUGAAGUAGAGGAAGCAAAGAAAGCAGGGCUGCCAGUAUCCGAGUGGUUCAAGGAAAAGGGGUAUCGGGCAUUCCAGUUGCGCUCGUAUGAAGAUGCCAUCCAGUUUUACACGAAAGCAAUUGACGCUUCCCAGUCCGAUGAUGAUGAGGUUGUCAUGCACUGCUAUUUGUAUCGAUCUCGCGCCAACCAGACACGAGGCGAGUUCUUAGCUGUGAUUGCUGAUUGCACGUACGUACUGGAGCGCUGUCCGAAGAAUGUCUGUGCUCGACUGCGACGAGCAGAUGCGUACGAGCAACAACGUGAUUUACUUUUGGCUCUCAAAGAUAUUCGCGAGCUGGUGACUCUCAAUCCGGAGUACGAAGAUGCCCACGCUCGACUUGAAUCUCUCGAACAUCGAUGUCGUCUUUUGCCCGGUGCAUCCGAACGCAAGAAUUUCGAGAUCGAUUCGAUGAGGUGA